ACCACUCUAACUCUAUAAAUUAAUUGUUCUUUCAGAAAAAAAAACUUGGAAAAUUUAAUCAUCUUAAGUUAGGGCCUCACUGAAAUAUGGAAGAAGAUCAACAUAUCGUUCUAGGAUCGUCAAAAAUUGGCCAAAGAAUAAUAUUGUUAUCAUUGCCUGUCCAAGGUCAUCUUACUCCUAUGUUUCAACUAGCAUAUACUCUUCAUAAUCAAGGUUUCAAAAUAACAAUCGUGCAUCCGCAACAAUUCUCUCCCGAUCAAUCAAAGUAUCCCCACUUCACUUUCAAGUCGAUUUCUGAUGGAUUCGAUAUUCAAAAUCAUAUGCCAGAGAAACCAAGCCCAAGCUUUUUAGUCACCUAUCUUAAUAACCACUGUAUAGAUUCAUUUAGGGAUUGUUUGGCUGAGUUAUUGGCUGAACCCAAUGAGCCUCCGGUGGCUUGUUUGAUCACGGAUGCUGAAUACUACCUAACUCAGGAUGUGGCUAACUCUUUGAAAGUCCCUCGGUUAGUGUUUUGGGUAUGCAAUAUUGUUUCGGUCCUUGUCUAUAGGGAUUUACCUUUUUUCUAUGAUAAAGGUUACUUCAAUCUUACAAUAAAAGGUGUGUUCUUAUUCUCAUCUUCUAAAUCAUAAAAUGUUUUACGUUAACUAUAAACGCUUUGUAGUUUUAUAUUAAUAUAUAUGCAUCAAGUUCGAGUGA